AUGCCUUACGUCUUCGACCCAGCUGCUAUUAUUGAUUCCCUAGGCCCUACGACCAUCGGUGAGCAAUUCGAAAAGGAUCGUAUGGACGUGGGCGAAGACUUGAGGGAUUUGGUCGAAUCCCGUCCAUAUUAUGAGGCUUAUCACGAUAAAUCAGAAAGCAGAGACUUGAUCAAAGUCACCGCCGAACCCUUAGAAUGGGUCGCGGCCAUAUUCGAGGAAUCGCAGGAUUGUCUACGUUUCAAAUUGGGAGAGAUGAAAACCUUGCUUCUGCAAAUCCAGUACGCCAAUUGGCCUUACAGACAAUUCCCAUAUGUUCCUAAAUGCUUACUCUACAUUUGCGCUUUCGCUUUGGCACAUUCUCUCGUAGCAGACGGCAAUCCAAUAUCCAAGAUAGUUUGGCGUACGACUGAAAAUGCUGCAUUGUAUCCGAACAAUCCUCGGUUUUGUCGUGCUUUUCUCUUGGGCCUCCGGGUGUCGGUCCUGUGGUCCUUCACUCGGGCGUGCAAGAUGGGGAUUAUCAUCUGGUGCCGAUUUUCGUUGCAUGCUUUGAUCAAGAAGUUUGAGGCCGACCAGUUGGGCAAGCGGGAUGUGGAUACAAUGCAGGGGUUUCAGUGGAGGAUGUUGUGGUUCAUCAACAUAAUGCUCAGCUGA